GGAAUUGAUACGGGUAAUAGCUUCGCAUAUGGCAAUGUAAUAUAUGCGUGGGCGUGUCCACUCUGCAAUACCGAUAUUAUAUCAGAAGUUAGAAUCAAGGAUAGAAAGAAUGUCAGGUCUCCGUAAAGCUAAGAAGUAUGAUUGGAAGGACUCCAAUCUUGCUUUGUUCGGUUCUGACACAGAGAAAAGUGUCAAAAAGGAAUCCGCCCAGACAGAACCAGCCUGGCAGAAGGCAGGAAAGUCCGUAGGAAUUCAGAUCUGGAGAGUAGUGAGCUUCAAGAUCACUGAUUGGCCAAAGGAAGACUAUGGAAAAUUCUACAAUGGUGAUUCAUACAUCAUUCUCAAUACGUACAAGGAGGAAGGGGAAGAUGAGCUCCAGUAUGAUGUUCAUUUCUGGAUUGGCGCAGAGAGCACGCAGGAUGAGUAUGGCACUGCUGCAUACAAGACAGUUGAGCUGGACACAUUUCUUAAUGAUAAGCCUGUCCAACACCGUGAAGUUCAGGGCCAUGAAUCUCAGCUCUUCAAAUCUUACUUCAAAACUAUCACUGUUAUGAAGGGAGGUGCCCAGACUGGUUUCAGGCACGUGAAGCCCGAGGAAUACACGCCCAGACUGCUUCACUUCUCUGGCACGCGUAAGCAUGUCGAGGUUCGAGAGGUGGCAAGGAACGAGGCGAGUCUGAAAUCUGGGGACGUGUUUAUUCUCGAUAUGGGUAACACCAUCUACCAGUGGAGCGGCAGCGGAAGCAAUAAGGAUGAAAGGAUGAAGGCCAUGCUGUACCUACAGGGGUUGCGUAGUGAGAGGAAUGGCCGACCCAAAACUGAAGUGCUGGAGGAAGCUGAUACAGGGAAGUCUCACGAGUUCUACAAGAGCAUGACAGAGGAGGCUGAAGACGAAGAUGAGCAGACGGAAGGUGGAGACGAGACGAAGGAACUCUACCGACUGUCAGAUGCGAGUGGAAAACUCUCGUUCAGUAAGGAGAAAGAAGGAGACGUCUCAAUGUCAGACUUGGAUACUAAGGAUGUGUUUAUCCUUGACACUAAGUCCGCACUGUUUGUCUGGGUCGGUAAGGAAACCAGUACCGCCGAGAGACGUAACGCUAUGAGCUAUGCACAUACGUUUCUGAGCAAGACAAACCACCCUCUUAUUCCCGUAUCGUGUGUUGCCGAGGGACAUCGCAUGUCCAAGGACUUCCAGACGGCUAUUGCUGCUUAAAAAAGCUCGAGAUUAACACAGUUGUAUAUGACUUAACAUAGAAAAAUCUUGGCUUUGUUUGUUGCGUAGGAAUCGUGGUGAAGGGUUUAAUACUUUGCUUUAAAAAACUUUGGAUUCACAUACCUGAUUUUCACAAGUCUUGGAACACUAAGAAUAAACCCAAUUGUUCAUUAACUUUGCUUGGAAAACUAAGAAUAAACCCAAUUGUUAAUGAACUUUGCUUAGAUAACUAAGAAAAACACAAUUGUAAAUGAACUUUGCGGGGAAAACUAAGAAUAAACCCAAUUGUUAAUGAACUUUGCUUAGAUAACUAAGAAAAACACAAUUGUAAAUGAACUUUGCGGGGAAGACUUAGAAUAAACACAAUUGUAAAUGAACUUUGCGGGGAAGACUUAGAAUAAACACAAUUGUAAAUGAACUUUGCGGGGAAGACUUAGAAUAAACACAAUUGUAAAUGAACUUUGCGGGGAAGACUUAGAAUAAACACAAUUGUAAAUGAACUUUGCGGGGAAGACUUAGAAUAAACACAAUUGUAAAUGAACUUUGCGGGGAAGACUUAGAAUGAACACAAUUGUUAAUGAUCUUUGCUUGUAAGACAUAUGUUAAACACAAUUGUUAAUAAACUUUGCUUGGAAGACAUAGGUUAAACUCAAUUGUAAAAGAAUUUUCCCAGACAACAUAGGCUGCAAACCAUAGUUUAUGACUUGAAAAAUGUAACUUAAAAACUUUUGUUGUAGAGUCAGCAUACAUAUGUUCAUGUAUUUUAUCUUCAUUUAUUUCAUUGCUGUCUAGUUGAACUUUAGUAUUUCUUUUUAUAAUCAUGACUUGGAAAGAUUUAUUAACUUGAGUAAACUGUGUUUAAUUUUGUACUUUGAUUUUAUCAUGAUUUUAGGGUUCACGAAAUAUUAUUAUUAAAAAUGGUGGUUAUAAUGUCCACUAUUUGUGACUUGAAAUAAAGGUUUAGUGUAUUGAAUUUAUCAAAUCAUGAUCAGAAGUGUCAACUAUCAGAAAAGAAAUAUUAUUAUACCAAACUCUGCAGCAAACAUACCUUAAGCAAUUUUUUGUUUACUAUUUUUUGAAAAAUGCUAGGCAAUAUUUUACACCUGCUUGUAGAUGCAAUAAUUAAAAUGCAAUAUUGAUUUAUGUUAGUUUGUUUAGCUUUAUGUGUUGUGUUGUUUAUUAACUGACUAACUGUCUCCACUUGUGCCUCUGCCGUUGGGAUCACCAGAAGGAUUCACAUUCAAUCAUUUGGAACUCCUCUGACAAAAAUGGCUGUCAAAUUGCCAUCUAUUAGUUUAUUAGUUUUAUUAAGUCAGUUAUUUAGAAGCAUGAACAUACAUGCUGGCUCGAAUAUAGCCAUUUUGUGUUCAUCAUUACUGCAGAUAGCAUAUAUUAUUGGUCUCCUAACCAAUAAAGUCAACGGAGAGAUAGCCUGGAGAGACGGCUGACUUAAUUGUUAGGAAGACCAAAAAAAACACUUACUAUUAAUUUUUGGAUUAUUUAUUUAUACAUAAAAAGGGACCACUGUAUUGAACAAAAUCAUUCCUCUUAUGUUUCUUUUUUCUUUUUUUUCAAACUGCUCUCUUUUAAUGAUGCCAUGUUUGUCAAUAUGAAAUUGUAGGUUUUUGAAAACAAGAAAAGGAAAAUCAAUCCGCCACACUCCUUAAAGUUCUCUCGAUUAACCUCAAUGUUAAAUUUUGAUGUCUGAUGCUGUAUUAAUUUUGUAUUACAUUUUGGAUUACAUGAAUUUAAAGGCAUUUUCUUGCUAAUUAUAAAACAAUGUUAAAUAAGUAACCAAAAUGAGAUUAUACAUAUUAUGUUAGAAAAUUCCAGAAACAGUUUUACAUGUUUUAUAAAAUAAUUUGGGGUCAACAUGCAUCCAAAAUUCACAUGUAUGUGGGUCAGAUUCUUUAAAAAUAUAUUAUUAAUUAUGCAUCACAUAUUAUCUACACUAUCACAAUGGACAUCCAAUUUAUAGAGUGAAAUGUACUAUUUUAAUAUACAUAGCACUACCUCUGGUAUUGUCAUAUCCCUAUUUUGCUCCACAUGUAAUAUAAUUACAUUUUUUAUUUAAAACAUAACAAUGUUUUACUUGUACUGCCCUUUGGUGUUUUUUUUUCAAAUUUCAUCUAUUUCUGUUAUGACUUUUGCUGCCAAUUUACAGCAUUUAUUUGUAUUUCAUAAGGCGUUUUAAUUGGUUACUAGUUUGUUGAGGUGUUGAUGUACAGAUUAUGCAAUAUUUUUUUUAAUGUUACAAGUUUUUAUUACUUGUUAAAAAAAACCUGGCAAUAUUAGUGCUGUCAAAUAUGUUGUAUUGUAAUGACAAUUAUAUACAUGUAGUAAUGCAUUGUUAUGUAUACCUGACCAUUUCUUUUUUCUGCAUAGCAUUUAUUAUUAAUAACGUUUUUUUUCUGAAUAAACAGUUAAAAUGAAA